UGUCAGAGGGAAGGUGUGUGUUAUAUGAGCGUCCGGACUAUCUACUAGGACUCCAUGUGUUUCUAAGGACUCUACGUGAACCAAACAUGCGCUGCUGACUCGUGAAACAUCGGCAGAGUGAACCGUAUCACCGACAUGUCUGAGGAAGCUACUUCUUCGGAUGGGAAUGGCAAAGUCAGUCGGGUCAUCCGGAUUGGAACCCGCAAGAGCCAGCUGGCUCGCAUUCAGACUGACAGCGUGGCGGCCAAGUUGAAAGACCUGUACCCCGAAAUCAACGUGGAAAUAAUCGGCAUGUCAACAACAGGAGACAAAAUCCUUGACACAGCUUUAUCAAAGAUCGGAGAGAAGAGUUUGUUCACCAAAGAGUUGGAGAAUGCUCUGGAGAGGAAUGAGGUUGAUCUGGUUGUCCAUUCACUGAAAGACCUUCCCACCACUCUUCCUCCAGGAUUCACCAUCGGAGCUGUGCUGAAGAGAGAAAGCCCCCAUGAUGCAGUGGUCCUACAUCCAAAACACGUAGGGAAGACUCUCGACACUCUGCCAGAAAACAGUGUGAUCGGCACCAGCUCCCUGCGCCGCGCCGCUCAGCUGAAGAAGAGAUUCCCCCACCUGGACUUCAAAGAUAUUCGUGGGAACUUGAACACACGGCUGAAGAAGCUGGAUGAGAAGGACGACUUUGCCGCCAUCAUCCUGGCUGCUGCAGGCCUCAGGAGGAUGGGCUGGGAUAACCGCAUCAGCCAUAUUCUGGGCCCUGAAGACUGCAUGUAUGCUGUUGGACAGGGAGCUCUGGCAGUAGAGGUUCGGGCCAGAGAUACAGACAUCCUGGAGAUGGUGUCUGUCUUUCAUGAUCCUGACACUGUGCUGCGCUGCAUAGCUGAGAGAGCCUUCCUCAGACAACUGGAGGGUGGAUGCAGCGUUCCAGUGGCUGUAAACACUGAAGUGAAAGAUGCCCAGGUAAGAAUGCUUUACCUGACGGGGGCGGUGUACAGCCUGGAUGGAUCCGACAGUCUGAAAGAAACCAUGCAGACGAGCAUCGCUGAUGUUGACAAGACCCUCGAAGAGGUGGAUGAGCGGGUCCAACGAGUGGGAGUCACUGCCUGCAAGAUCAGCGGCGGAGCCCAGGACAAUGCUGAGAAGCUGGGCAUCGACCUGGCCAACUUACUGCUGAGUAAAGGAGCCAAGGAGAUCCUGACGGUGGCCAGGCAGCUCAACGACGCCAGAUAAUCCUGGGAGGGCAGGGCUCGGGAGGUGAACAGGUUCUUGAGUGCAGUCAGUCAUGGCCUUGUGUCGAUUAAAACUUGAAUUUCUUUCCUUUUUUUUUUUAACCAUUGAGCAAUAAUGCUUGGAACAAAGUUGUGGACAGUGUGGUGCAACGUCUUGGUUCCGGUUGCGGCCUGUUCUUACGUACCUCAAGGAACCAGCUCCUAAACUGUGUAGAAAACGCCUCACUGGUUGUUAGAAAGAAACACAAAAUGGCCUUCAAACAUUGUGAUCAUCACUUACAAUAGCGCAUGAUUAAACCCUUCAUUGUUUUUUAAAGUGUAUUAGUAUAAUAAAUGAAAUGCAAUUAAAAUCUGUAUCCAUUAUUGUUUCUCACGAGCAGGAAAAAGA